AUGAGAGCCAUGGGAUUUCAAGUGUGCGCAUUUUAUGGCCUCCUAAUCUCAUUCAUUCUCUUGUUCUUGAGUCAUCUUGGAGCUGCACAAGCACCAAGUCGAAAUGUAUCUGCUCCCUUCAACAAAACUAGUUUCCCCCUUAAUUUUAUUUUUGGAGCUGCGUCUUCUGCCUAUCAGUACGAAGGAGCAGCAUCUGAAGAUGGGAAGGGACCGAGUACAUGUGACACAUUUACCCACAAUAAUCCCGAUAAGAUUGUAGACCACAGUACUGGAGAUGUGGCCGACGACUUCUACCAUCGUUACAAGGAAGAUGUACAAUUAAUGGACUACAUUGGCUUGAGCGGCUUCCGAUUUUCCAUCUCAUGGUCAAGAGUAUUACCUGGAGGCAAGCUAAGCAAAGGAGUGAACAAGCUCGGAAUCGCUUUCUACAAUAAUCUCAUCAAUGAACUCCUUUCAAAGGGAAUAACACCUUUUGUCACAUUACACCACUGGGAUACUCCACAAGCUCUGGAAGAUGAAUAUGGAGGCUUCCUUAGUAAAGAUAUUGUGAAUGAUUUUCGAGAUUACGCAGAGCUUUGCUUCAAAGAGUUUGGUGAUAGAGUGAAGUAUUGGUCAACAUUCAACGAGCCCUGGUCAUAUUCAACUGGUGGCUACGAUUCUACCACGGCCAUAGGCACCAUCGGUCCUGGAAGGUGUUCUUCAUGGCUGAACAAAUGCCCCGCUGGAGAUUCUUCUACUGAACCCUAUCUUGUUGCUCAUCACAUCCUCCUUUCUCAUGCAGCAACUGCUAAAUUGUACAAUGACAAGUAUAAGACAUUACAAAAAGGACAGUUAGGGAUCGUGCUCGUCACGAAUUGGAUGAUGCCCUAUGAUCCCAACAGCCCAGCAGAUGCUGCUGCUGCCAUCCGAGGCAUGGAUUUCUUCUUGGGAUGGUUCUUAGAGCCCUUGUUGUUUGGUGAUUAUCCGAAAGUUAUGCGUGAACUGGUUGCAACCCGUCUACCAAAGUUUACUGCUGAAGAAGCUUUAAUGGUGAAAAGAUCAAUAGAUUUUCUGGGGCUCAAUUACUAUACUUCGAAUUGGGCUACUGAUGAUAUUCCACCUUCAAACACUCCCAAUAUCAGUUACACGACGGAUGUUCGUAUUAAUAACAUACAGAUCAAGAAUGGGAAGCCUAUUGGGGCUCCAACGGGAGCAGGUAUUCUGUAUGUUUACCCGAGAGGACUCACAGAGCUAUUGGUGUACAUAAAACAUAAGUACAAGAGCCCAACCAUCUACGUAACUGAAAAUGGUUAUGCUGAAGUCAACAUUGACACUGUUGAGCAAGGCACGAAAGACGUGGAAAGAAUGAACUUCUACCAGAGCCACUUCAGGGCCUUGAAGGCAGCCAUUGACAAAGGAGUGGAUGUGAAAGGAUUUUUCGCAUGGUCAUUCAUGGACACAUUCGAAUGGGGAUCAGGGUUAGCCAUGAGGAUGGGUAUCAAUUUCGUUGACUACAAAAAUGACCUUAAAAGGACCCCAAAGAUGUCUGCCCUCUGCAUGAACCCUAUCGAGGAGAAACACCAAAAAAUUGAGAGCCAUGGCACUUCAACUUCUUCUGCCUAUCAGUAUGAAGGAGCAGCAUUUGAAGAUGGGAAGGGACCAAGCAUAUGUGAUACUUUUGUCCACAAUAAUCCUGAUAAGAUAGUAGAUCAUUCCACUGGAGAUGUAGCUGACGACUUCUACCAUCGUUACAAGGAUGAUGUAAAAUUGAUGGAAUACAUUGGACUGAAUGGCUUCCGGUUUUCCAUUUCGUGGGCUAGAGUAUUGCCUCAAGGAAAGCUAAGCAAAGGAGUGAACCCGCUAGGAAUCGCUUUCUACAACAACCUCAUCAAUGAGCUACUCUCAAAGGGGAUAAUACCUUUUGUCACAUUACAUCAUUGGGACACUCCUCAAGCUCUGGAGGAUGAAUAUGGAGGCUUUCGUAGUACAAAUAUAGUGGAUGAUUUUCGAGAUUUUGCAGAGCUUUGUUUCAAAGAAUUUGGUGAUAGAGUCAAGUUUUGGUCAACAUUCAAUGAGCCAUGGUCAUUUUCUACUGGUGGGUAUGAUUCCACCACAGCCAUAGGAACCAUAGCUCCAGGAAGGUGUUCUGCAUGGUUGAACAAAUGCCCUGCUGGAGAUUCUUCCACUGAACCCUACAUUGUUGCCCAUCACAUCCUCCUUUCUCAUGCAGCAGCUGCUAAAUUAUACAAGGACAAGUACAAGGCAUCACAAAAUGGGCAGGUAGGGAUAGUGCUGGUCACAAAUUGGGUUAUCCCUUAUGAUCCCAACAGCAAAGCAGACGCUGAAGCAGCCGUGCGAAGCAUCGAUUUCUUUCUGGGAUGGUUUUUAGACCCAUUAGUGUAUGGUGACUAUCCAAAAAGUAUGCGUCAAAAUGUUGGAAGCCGCUUACCGACUUUCACUGCUGAAGAAACAUCCUUAGUGAAAGGAUCAUUGGAUUUCCUGGGACUUAAUUACUAUACUGCCAAUUGGGCUGCUGCUCUUCCCCCUUCAAAUUCUUUGAAUAUCAGUUGGACUUCAGACACUGGUGUUAAUAACACCCAGAUCAAGAAUGGAAGACCAAUUGGGGCUCCAACCGGGGCAGGAAUUUUGUAUGUUUAUCCGAGAGGUCUCACCGAGCUUUUGGUCUACAUAAAGGGAAAGUACCAGAGUCCAACUAUCUACAUAACUGAAAAUGGAUAUGCUGAAGUCAAUAUUGACACCGUUGAGCAAGGAGUGAAAGAUGUAGAAAGAACGAAUUUCUACCGUAGCCAUUUCAGGGCUUUGAAGGCAGCCAUUGACAAAGGAGUUGAUGUAAGAGGAUUUUUUGCUUGGACAUUUAUGGACACGUUCGAAUGGGGAUCAGGGUUGGCUAUGAGGAUGGGUAUCAAUUUUGUUGACUACAAAAAUAAUCUAAAAAGGACCCCAAAGAUGUCAGCCCUUUGGUACAAGCUAUUCCUCACAAAAUAA